ACAGUCUUUGGAUAGCAAGCAUUGCUUGAGCUGAACCUCUACUGUAUCACUAUGUCCCAGAGAUAUAGUUCCAGCAAACAAUACUCUUCCUCCCGAAGUGGAGGGGGAGGAGGAGGAGGUUCAUCCAUCAGAAUCUCAAGCAGUAGAGGCUCUGGUUAUGGGGUUAGCUCUAUUGGUGGAGGCUCUAGCUAUGGCAGCUGCUCAAGAGGGGGCUUUGGCAGUGGAUCAGUAAGGGGCUUUGGAGGAGGAGGAGGAGGCUUUGGUGCUAGCAGCAGCUUUGGGAGUAGCUUUGGUGGUGGUGGCUUUGGUGGAGGAAGCUGUGGUGGAGGAAGCUUUGGUGGGGGCGGUUUUGGUGGGGGCAGUUAUGGUGGGGGAAGCUUUGGUGGGGGAAGCUAUGGUGGGGGAAGCUUUGGUGGAGGAGGCUUUGGUGGAGGCAUUGGGGGAGGCCUUGGGGGAGGCAUUGGAGGAGGCUUUGGUGGAGGUGAUGGAGGGCUCCUCACAGGCAAUGAGAAGGUCACCAUGCAGAACCUGAAUGAUCGCCUGGCCUCCUACCUGGACAAAGUGCGAAGUCUGGAAGAAUCUAACUAUGAGCUAGAGCAAAAGAUCAAGGAAUGGUAUGAGAAAAAUGGCAAUGCCAAUCAGCGAGAACCUCGUGACUACUCUCAUUAUUAUGACCAAAUCAAAGAACUUAAGGAUCAGAUCCUGAAUCUAAGUACUGAUAAUGCUAAUGUGCUGCUGCAAAUUGACAAUGCCAGGCUGGCUGCUGAUGACUUCAGACUGAAGUAUGAAAAUGAAGUGACCCUGCGUCAAAGUGUGGAGGCUGAUAUUAAUGGCCUGCGCAGAGUCCUAGAUGAUCUGACUUUGGCCAAAUCUGACCUAGAGAUGCAGCUUGAAAGCCUGAAUGAGGAACUGGCCUUCCUGAAGAAGAACCAUGAAGAGGAAAUGAAAGAUCUUCAAAACGUGUCCACUGGAGAUGUGAAUGUGGAAAUGAAUGCUGCUCCAGGAGUAGAUCUGACUGAAUAUCUGAACCGCAUGAGAAGUGAAUAUGAGGCUAUGGCUGAACAAAACCGCAAGGAUGCUGAAGCCUGGUUCAAUGAAAAGAGCAAGGAGCUGACCACAGAGAUUGAUACCAAUGUUGAACAAAUGUCCAGUCACAAAUCUGAGAUCACUGAAUUGAAACGCAGCCUUCAAGCUUUGGAAAUUGAACUGCAGUCACAACUGGCCCUGAAACAAUCCUUGGAAUCAUCUUUGGCAGAGACAGAAGGUCGUUAUUGUGUACAGCUGUCACAAAUCCAGGCUCAGAUCACUGCCCUGGAAGAGCAGUUACAGCAGAUCAGGGCUGAAACAGAAUGCCAGAAUUCAGAAUACCAGAUGCUCCUCGACAUCAAGAUCCGCCUGGAGAAUGAAAUUCAGACCUACCGCAGCCUGCUAGAGGAAGGAGGUAGCUCAUCUGGAGGUGGUGGCCGUGGAGGAGGCUCUGGUGGUGGAUAUGGAGGAAGCUCUGGUGGUGGAGGAUAUGGAGGAAGCUCUGGUGGUGGAGGAUAUGGCGGAAGCUCUGGAGGUGGAGGAUAUGGCGGAAGCUCUGGAGGUGGAGGAUAUGGUGGUGGAAGCUCUGGAAGCUAUGGUGGGGGAAGUUUUGGUGGAGGAAGUUUUGGUGGAGUUCUUGGGGGAGGCUUUGGUGGAGGGGAUGGAGGGCUCCUCACAGGCAAUGAGAAGGUCACCAUGCAGAACCUGAAUGAUCGCUUGGCCUCCUACCUGGACAAAGUGCGAAGUCUGGAAGAAUCUAACUCUGAUCUAGAGCAAAAGAUCAAGGAAUGGUAUGAGAAAAAUGGCAAUGCCAAUCAGCGAGAACCUCGUGACUACUCUCAUUAUUAUGACCAAAUAAAAGAACUAAAGGAUCAGAUCCUGAAUCUAAGUACUGACAAUGCUAAUGUGCUGCUGCAAAUUGACAAUGCCAGACUGGCUGCUGAUGACUUCAGACUGAAGUAUGAGAAUGAAGUAACCCUGCAUCAAAGUGUGGAGGCUGACAUUAAUGGCCUGCGCAGAGUCCUGGAUGAUCUGUCCUUGGCCAAGACUGACCUGGAGAUGCAGCUUGAAAACUUGAAUGAGGAACUGGACUUCUUGAAGAAGAACCAUGAGGAGGAAAUGAAAGAUCUUCAGAAUGUGUCUACAGGUGAUGUGAAUGUAGAAAUUAAUGCUGCUCCAGGAGUGGAUCUUACUGAAUAUCUGAACCGCAUGAGAAGCGAAUAUGAGACUAUGGCUGAACAAAACCGCAAAGAAGCUGAAGCCUGGUUCAAUGAAAAGAGCAAGGAGCUGACCACAGAGAUUGAUACCAAUGUUGAACAAGUGUCCAGCUACAAAUCUGAGAUCACCGAAUUGAAACGAAAUGUUCAAGCUUUAGAGAUUGAAUUACAGUCACAAAUGGCCCUGAAACAAUCCCUGGAAGCAACUUUGGCAGAGACAGAAGGUCGUUAUUGUGUACAACUGUCACAAAUCCAGGCUCAGAUCACUGCUCUGGAAGAGCAGUUACAGCAGAUCAGGGCUGAAACAGAAAGUCAGAAUUUAGAAUACCAGGUGCUCCUCGACAUCAAGAUCCGCCUGGAGAAUGAAAUUCAGACCUACCGCAGCCUGCUAGAGGAAGGAGGCUCAUCCGAAGUUAGUGGCCAUAAAGGAAGCUCUGGUGGUGGAUAUGGUGGAAAUUCCAGUGGUGGCCAAGGGGGUGGAUAUGGAGGAAGCUCUAGUGGCAGUGGAGGACUCAAAACCAGAGGAGGUUCAAGUGGAGAACAAGGAGGAAGCACUGAAUCUGGUGGAGAAUCUUCAUCUAAAAACAGCUCUGGAACAAGAUUCUAAUAGAAACCAGUCGAUCAAGACCAUUGUUGGGGAAUUAGCCUCUGAUAAUAGAGUCCUUUCAUCCAGAGUGGAAUCAUAGACCAAGAAGCACUGUUAUUAGCUAAUAUGAACAUGGAAGAGUCUCUUUUCUGAAGACCACAAUAUAUCAAGACUGGGCAAAGAAAAUCUCCAUCAUUCCUAAUGGUCUUAGACAAGUUCUCUCUCUUUAAAUAUAAGGGAUCUAAAAGGUUUCUCAUGAUUUCCUUCCUAUUCCUUUUCACUUUGCCAAAGACCAUUCUUCAAUGAAAAUCUCAUAAAGAAACUUUCUGUUCCUAUGUACUGAUAUAUUUCAAUAAACUUUCUUACUGAUGCAAACAA